AUGGUGGAUCCGCUGCAGCUCGCGUACUCUUCGAUUGGCAACGGAGGCGUCAAUAGCGACACGGCCGCGACAGCUCGUAGUUGUCUACCAAUCGGCGACAUUGACUGCACCUGGGAGACGGUGGACACGCCGCUGACGUCGAACCCCAAGACCGUCACGUGGAUCGUCACCAUCAGCGACGUGCUGUACUCGCUCGUCUUCACGAUAUUCCUGCUCUUCUACUCGUACCGAGCCAAGAAGGCCAUCAAGGAACACCAGAACAAGCACCUGACGCCUGCGAGGUACGCGGUUAUGGUGCGUGGACUGCCCAAGAGUGCCACGGAGAAGGAGAUCCUGGAGCAUUUUAACAACCUGUACGACCUCAACAAGGAGGAGGAGUACGCCAAGCUGUGGUUCGGCAUGUACUGGGGCAAGCGGCGCAAGGUCAAGCGCUCGCGCUCGAAGAAGGCGGACAACAGGAGCGUCGUCUCAAAUGUGGACCAUCUUGAAGGAUCCACGACGAUCAACAAGGAUCUCUACCUCAACACUUGGAUCGCGGAGGUCAGCGUCGCUCACCCGACUGGAGGACUGCUGCGCACGUUCCUGAAGAUGGAGCACUUAGACCAGAAGAGAGAGGAAGUCGAGCAGCUCAUUGCUCUACUGGAGAAAGAGAAGAGUCACUCCCUGGCCAAUUUCAGUGCGGCCGACGAGAAACUGAUUCACGCGUCGAAGAAGAAGCUCAAGAAGAUCGAGAAGAAGAUCGAGAACAAGAUGAAGAAGAUCGCGGCGCUCAAGGAGGUGCUUCCCGAGUCGUCGGAAGCUGAACAAGUACUGGAGCAAAAGAAGAUGAAGCAGGAGAAGAAGGCCAGCACGCUCUCUACUCUGGCGUCCAAGGAGAAGCUCGCGGCGGCUGCAAAGGCGGCCAAGACGGCGGCGACGAGCACUCAGCAGGCGUUCGACUGGGAGGGGUGCGAGUGCGCCUUCGUGGUGUUCAACAACCUCGAAUCAAGACGCCGGUGCCUCGAGGACUACCGCCAGUCAAGCGGUUGGCUUGCGCGCAAGUGGCAGCCGUCGAUCCUGCGCUUCCGCAACGGAACUUACCCGCUGAUCGUGACCCCCGCCCCCGAGCCGUCGAACAUCCUGUGGGAGAACCUCGAGGUGACCGAGCGUGGCCGAUUCUAUCGCCAAUUUGUGACGAACUUGAUCACCGUGAUGCUGCUGAUCAUCUCGUGUGCCAUCAUCUCGGCCGCGCAGUCGACGCAGGAGCAGUUCGCGAGCAAGAUGCCACCGGAGGGGCUGUGCGACCGAGCGCUCCCGGCCGUGUACUACGCAGACACGCCGUUCUCAGUGAACGCCACUACCCGGAGAUCGAUCGUGUGGACGCUCGGGUGGGAUGCGAAAGCGACCUGUUCACCUGGGGACUCGGGAGAUACGCGCUACCACAUCGCGUACACGAACGAGAUCAACAACGACUUGAACACCUCGAGGUUGUCGUACGGAUCGGCCUAUCCAGACCCCACGCGGUGCACGGAGCCGUGUAUCUCGGAGGCCAGCACAGGAACGUGUAAUACUCUACCGUGCUUCUACUACGACGAGCUGGUCCAGUCCGACGGUAUGGCUUGUGAAGCGUACGAGGCGAGUCACGUGCUGUACUGCUACUGCUCGACGGCGUUGACGACCAGUAUCAAGAAUAACGGCUUCGUUGACGGACCCAAGAUGCUGUGGAACAACUUGCCGUGCCGCGGAUACAUCAAGGACUACCUCAUCAAGAACUCGUUCAUCCUGCUGGCUGCUGCGAUCGUCGUGAUUGUCAACUUUCUGCUGGACAACAUCCUGCGCGCGUUCGCGGUGUUCGAGCGCCACACGAGCGAGUCGACCAAGACCAUCCGCGUCGCAGUGCGCAUGUUCGUCGCGCAGUUCCUCAACACGGCGCUGAUCGUGAUCGUUGUGAACGCAUCCUUUGGUUUGAGUGGGGUUCCAGUCGCCAAGGAGCUGCUGGGCGGCAAGUACAAGGACUUCCAGCGCGGUUGGUACCCGACGGUGGGCAUGGGAAUCGCCACGACCAUGCUGCUUAACGCCUUCCUGCCGCAGGUCACGCUGUUCGGAAAGAUGUUCAUCUGGUCGCCGGUCUACCGCUGGCACAAGCGCCGCUCGAUCCGCACCCAAGAGAAGAUGGACAAGCUGUACGCCGGCCCCAAGUUCGACAUGUCGGAGCGAUACCCGAUGGUGCUCAACUCGGUGUUCGUGACGAUGGUUUUCUGCGGUGGAGUGCCCGUGCUGCUCUUCAUCGGCGCCGUGGCGGCUGCCGGCAUCUACUGGUUCGACAAGCUCUCGAUUCUGCACCUGUACAGCGUCAAGACGACGUACGAUGAGAUUCUUGGACAGGUGACGCUCCAGGCGCUGCCUUGGACGCUGGCGCUGCACUUGGCGUUCUCCGCGUGGAUGUACGGCAACACGGAGCUGCUCAAGGGCACGAUGCUCAACUUGCCGUGGCUGUUACGCUCUGUGGGUCUCUCUUCAGUGGUGAGAGACAACCCGAACGCGACGACAGACCAACUGUACGCCAUCCUGACAGAUAAACUCGGCAAGUUCGACGUGUUGGGGCAGUACGGCUUCUUGGUCAAGAUCGUGUACUCGCACGUGAUGCUGAUGACGGUGCUGUGUUUCAUCGUCACGGUCGGUCUCUUGCUGUACACGAUCUUCGGCCGCCUCGUGUUCGUCGUGCUCGGUCAGAUGCUGGAGCUGUUGAAACAGGCCGCGCUGCUGCCUGUGGAGCUGAUCCGCUCUCUUGUCGUGAAGGAAGACGGCGAGUCUCUACCCAAGGAGACGGAUUCUCUUCAGCAGGAGAAGUUGCCGAAGGUGCUGAUCCCAGAGUUCACGGAGCCGUUCGUCAUGUCGGUCUCGAAGAAGUACAAGUCGGACGGGAGUCUCGGCUUCCAGAAGAACAUAGUGGACAAUACCGAAGAGCUCACGUGUGUGUGGCCGGACGAUGCCAAUGGCCGAGUCGCGGGUGAGCGCAUGUUGACGUGGGAGACCAUGCAGGCGCCCGUCAAGUCGUACGCGAUCGAGGCGAACGAAAAGUACAGCCUGGUUGUCAAGCGCAUCACCAAGUCGUGGGCGCAAGUGAAGGAGGCUCGACGUACUGAGCACGUCCCGGAACCUGUCGCCCUUGGCAAAGUCGUGCCCAUGCUCGGUAACCAGGACGAACACCAGGUAGAGGACGCAGUUACUGCAACGGAGAUCGUCACGAAGAAGGAGGAGGACCCUGAAGACGCAGCCGCCGAAGCCACCAGACCCGAAGAGACCGCCGAAGCAGUAGCUAUUGGUGAAGAACCAGCAUCCAACAAUGACGAAGUGAUCGCCGACGCAGUGGCUGAAGACGCAGCAGAACCAGCACAGGAGAUGGUUGAGGAAGAAGCUGAGCCGGUCGAGGAGGAAGCUGAAGUCGCAGUGAACGAGGAGGAAGACAACGCUGAACAGUGA